AUGACAGUUAUGUUGAUAUUCUAUACGAGCCAACUCCUAGGCUGGGGCGUCACUGCUGUCCCUGUUACUUUUGCAGUUGUUCUUGUGUUCUGUCUAACAGUCGUGACUACUGACUAUAUCGAUGGCUGGCGCAAGAGAAGAGCUUUUGGUGAUAUUCCAAUUGUAGAUGAGGGAAGUAAUAUGAGUGUCCGUUUGAGGUGGAACAAACCUGAAUUCGUCGCCGAAAGAGAGUAUGCGAAAGCGUAUAAACAGUAUAGCAAAACAGGCAAACCGUAUGUUACCAGAGUUCAGAGCAAUGACUAUGGAAUUGUGCUUCCCCUAAAUUCAGCUAAGGAAUGGCGUGCGCUACCGCAUGAUCAACUGAGCUUUGGGCAUGGAUUGGCAAAGAUGGCCGAUAUGUGCAUGCAUUUGAAUGUAACAGAUCGAACUCCCGUUCAGGCACUCCAUCUUUGCAAUAACGCUCGCUCGCUAGGCCGCUUCAACGACCUUGUUGCCAGUGCAACAGAUAGAGUUCUGCCUUUGACCUUCGGCCCGGCUACAGAGCAGAAGUUUAAGGAAUUAAAUGUAUACAAAGUGAUUUUAUCUUUGUGCUCUGCGGUAGCGAUGUCUAUACUCCUCGGUCCGGAUUUCUGCAUGGAUGCGCCGCUCAUACAAACGACACAAAUGUACCAUGAUAGUAUAAUGCCAAGCUGCUAUGAGAGGACUGGCUAUCCUCAGAUACUACGACCAUUUGUGUGGCGCUUCUCUCCUAUCUGCCGUGCUUUGAGGUCCCGUCUCUCAGCGUUGAAAAUGAAGUUGAUCCCGGAGGUUAAGCACCGUAUCGAGUUGUCACUUCUGGAUGCCCUUAUUGAAACAGCGUUUGAGAAAGGCAGUUUAAGUCGAAGUGAGCAAAGCACAGAUGACGGAGCUCAGGUGGGCUUAAUCGUAGAACAGGUUAUCAUGUUCCACUUUGAACUUUGCCAGCCCAUUUCAUUUUUUCUUUGCUCUAUGUUGUAUGUUGUUAUGGAUCAUAAAGAGUACGUGGUCCCUCUACGAGAGGAGGCUAGCCAGACGUUGAGAACUUCUGGUGGCCACUGGUCUCUCGAUUGUCUAAAGAACGCCCCUAAGUUGGAAAGCUUUGCUCGGGAGACAUUCCGCUUGUACGAUAUCUCAGCCUUAACCAGCUUCCGCCGCGUUAUGAAGCCAGUGCAUCUGAAGUCAAUCAGUAUGUUCCUGAAGCCUGGCACUUUAGUCUUGUCUCCCUGUCGGGAUGUUCACCUGGAUCCUGAUCACUAUGACAAUCCGACUAUAUUUGAUGGUUAUCGCUUCUACGAUGCCAUUCGAGAAUCCUGCAAUCCGCAUAUGACCACCACUUCCCUGACAUUCCUCUCAUUCUCCCACGGAUCAACUGCGUGCCCGGCACGGGUUAUCGCUAGUCAGAUGUCACGGACUUUAUUCAUGAAGAUUCUCUUGAAGUAUGAUAUGGAGCUUACACAUGAGAAGAUGCCAGCGUAUGGCUUCACUCAUGGGCCAGUAUAUGUUCCCAAUCUUUCAAUUAUGAUGCGUGUGAAACCCCGUUCAAAUGACGCUUAGCUAUAGUGGAA